CCACACACCACCACCAGUGAUGAUGACGCAGUUGGUGUCAUCCUAUAAAGCAGACCUUUAGCCCAGGCAGUUCCAGGGGUCUCUGUCAGCACCAGCAUUCAGGACACAGAGGAACUUCAGCUCCUCCACCAGACUGACUGUCACGAUGCCACCACUAAUUGUUGUCCUGAUGGUAGCUGCUUUGUCAGCAGAAGUCCACACCAGCAUCAGUUUGAAAUCCACCUUCUACAGACAAGACCAGGCAAUACUCAAAGUCCUGAGAGAUUUAAGCCAAGCAUCAACAGUGCAGUCAGCAAAAAGUUCUGGGAAUUCACUUGUUGAAAUCCAUUCAGCUGAUGGAAUAUUUCCCAGACCAGGAUGGUGGAUCGCAAAGAUGGUGUUCCCUCAAACCAUAAAGAAACGUCAAGAUUUAUCCUCAUACAAUCUCAACUCCUAUGGUCUACGUUAUGGAAAAUGACACUGCACCUGAUUGAUUAGUUCUUUUUUCAUGUUAGAUCUGCUAUUGUCAUUGAUUUCAAUUUGUACAUUUAUAGCUGGUAAAAAGAAAACAUCAUUAAUAAAGGCUCCAAAAAAUCA